AUGGCCGUCCUUAAGCAACAACUUGGUACUUAUCGUCGCAAGCGCACCAAUGCCUUGAAUGCUAUCAAGGAUUUACGUCAGAGAAUGGCCGACGAGGAACUCGGGAAUGACGAGGGCAAUGCUGAGACCCUACAGUCUCUGAGUCAUCAAUGGCAAAAUAUGAACCUGGCCGUUAAGUCCCUGGAAGACCUCGAAGAGCAUUAUGAACAUCUCUUUGUUCUUGGCACUAAGAUAGAACGUCCGUCGAGGUUGAGGCCGCCAGAGGUUCCCUCCGAGCAGGCUCAGAAAACAUCUUGCAAUGCUAGUCCGUCUAUUUGGGGCGGACAACCAGUACGAGAUUCGAGGCUUCGUGGAAGCUAUGGUAGCGCGGAUACCAGCUACACCUUUUAA